UGGCGGGAGGGCGGCUCUGAGGAGACCUCGGCGGCGGCGGAGGAGGAGAGAAGCGCAGCGCCGUGCCGCGCCGGGGCCCAUGUGGGGAGGAGUCGGAGUCGCUGUUGCCGCCGCCGCCGCCGCCGCCAGUAACUGCUGGACCGGAGUGGGAGUGAGGGGGAGACGGCAGGAUGAAGUUCGCCGAGCACCUCUCCGCGCACAUCACUCCCGAGUGGAGGAAGCAAUACAUCCAGUAUGAGGCUUUCAAGGAUAUGCUGUAUUCAGCUCAGGAUCAGGCACCUUCUGUGGAGGUUACAGAUGAGGACACAGUAAAGAGGUAUUUUGCCAAGUUUGAAGAAAAAUUUUUCCAAACCUGUGAAAAGGAACUUGCCAAAAUCAACACAUUUUAUUCAGAAAAGCUUGCGGAGGCUCAGCGCAGGUUUGCUACACUUCAGAAUGAGCUUCAGUCAUCCCUGGAUGCACAGAAAGAGAGCACUGGCGUCACUACCCUGCGGCAACGCAGAAAGCCAGUCUUCCACUUGUCCCACGAGGAACGUGUCCAACAUAGGAAUAUUAAAGACCUUAAACUGGCCUUCAGCGAGUUCUACCUCAGUCUUAUCCUGCUGCAGAACUAUCAGAAUCUGAAUUUUACAGGGUUUCGAAAAAUCCUCAAAAAGCAUGACAAGAUCCUGGAAACAUCUCGUGGAGCAGAUUGGCGAGUGGCUCAUGUAGAAGUGGCGCCUUUUUAUACGUGCAAGAAAAUCAACCAGCUCAUCUCUGAAACUGAGGCUGUAGUGACUAAUGAACUUGAAGAUGGUGACAGACAAAAAGCUAUGAAGCGUUUACGUGUUCCCCCUUUGGGAGCUGCUCAGCUGUUAGGAAAGACAAUUAAAGGAGACAUUAUGAAUUUUCUAACUAACAAAUUAAUUGAUAUUUUUUCAGCUGUAUUUAAACUUGAAACAGAUAGAAAUAUAUGGCCCUUGAUAAGAAUCUAUCGGGGUGGCUUUCUUCUGAUUGAAUUCCUUUUUCUACUGGGCAUCAACACAUAUGGUUGGAGACAGGCUGGAGUGAAUCAUGUGCUCAUCUUUGAACUUAAUCCAAGAAGCAAUUUGUCUCAUCAACAUCUUUUUGAGAUUGCUGGAUUCCUCGGGAUACUGUGGUGCCUGAGCCUUCUGGCAUGCUUCUUUGCUCCGCUUAGUGUCAUCCCCACAUAUGUGUAUCCACUUGUCCUUUAUGGAUUUAUGUUUUUCUUCCUUAUCAACCCCACCAAAACUUUCUAUUACAAAUCCCGAUUUUGGCUGCUGAAACUGCUGUUUCGAGUAUUUACAGCCCCCUUCCAUAAGGUAGGCUUCGCUGACUUCUGGCUGGCCGAUCAGCUGAACAGCCUGUCAGUGAUAUUGAUGGACCUGGAAUAUAUGAUCUGCUUCUACAGUUUUGAGCUCAGAUGGGAUGAAAGUGGGGGCCUGUUGCCAAAUAAUUCAGAAGAACCAGAAAUUUGCCACAAAUAUUCAUAUGGUGUGCGGGCCAUUGUUCAGUGCAUUCCUGCUUGGCUUCGCUUCAUCCAGUGCCUGCGCCGAUACCGAGACACAAAAAGGGCCUUUCCUCAUUUAGUUAAUGCUGGGAAAUACUCAACAACUUUCUUCACGGUGACGUUUGCAGCCCUUUACAGCACUCACAAAGAACGAGGUCACUCAGACACCAUGGUUUUCUUCUACCUGUGGAUUGUGUUUUGUAUCAUCAGUUCCUGCUAUACCCUCAUCUGGGAUCUGAAGAUGGACUGGGGUCUUUUUGAUAAGAAUGCUGGAGAAAACACCUUUCUCCGGGAAGAGAUUGUCUACCCCCAAAAAGCCUAUUACUACUGUGCCAUCAUAGAGGAUGUGAUCCUGCGCUUUGCUUGGACUGUCCAAAUCUCAAUCACCUCCAUGACAUUGUUGCCUCAUUCUGGGGACAUCAUUGCUACUGUCUUUGCUCCCCUUGAGGUUUUCCGGCGAUUUGUGUGGAACUUCUUCCGCCUGGAGAACGAGCAUCUGAAUAACUGUGGUGAAUUCCGUGCCGUGCGGGACAUUUCUGUGGCUCCUCUGAAUGCAGAUGAUCAGACACUCCUAGAACAGAUGAUGGACCAGGAGGAUGGGGUACGAAACCGCCAGAAAAACCGUCCGUGGAAGUACAGCCAGAGCAUAUCCCUGCGCCGGCCUCGCCUCGCUUCUCAAUCCAAGGCUCGUGACACUAAGGUAUUGAUAGAAGAUACAGAUGAUGAAGCUAACACUUGAAGCCUCUGGUCUAGUUUAACAUCUUUGGUUUCCUACUCUACAAUUCUUCGACCAACGCAACCUCUAGUACCUUUCCAGCCGAAAACAGGAGAAAACACAUAACACAUUUUCCGAGCUCUUCCAGAUCGGAUCCUAUGGACUCCAAACAAGCUCACUGUGUUUCUUUUCUUUUCUUCUGGUUUAAUUUUCAUUUUCUAUUUUUAAAACAAAUAUUUACUUCAUUUUGCCAAUCAGAGGACAUUUUAAGGAACAAAAACAUAGUAUCUUAUGGAUUGUUUACAAUCACAAGGACACAGAUACCUAUCAGGAUGAAGAACAGGCAAUGCAAGGACCCUCUGGUGGGACGGUACCGAGAUACCUCGGCUUCCGCUUGGCCCGGUUUUGACUGGUUGAAACCGGACAUUGGUUUUUAAAUUUUUUGUCAGUUUAUGUGGAGAAUUUUUUCCUUUCCUUCAUACCCAGCGCUAAAGCACUGGCCGCACUUGCAGGGAAAGUGCAACUUAGAGCAGUACCUUCAUUCACGAAGCUACUUUUUAAUUUGAUGUAACUUUUCUUAUUUUG